GGGCGGGGACGGGCGACCGACCGCCGCGCGGACUCCGGGCCGCCGCGCGCAGACACCGGGCCCGGCUCCCGAGGGCGCCAGCGCGGCCCCGGGGAGCACGAGGAGCCGGCGAGCGCGCGGCCUGCCGUUGGCGGCCUGGUCCGCGGCGCUCAGCGCCCACCCGCUCCGGAGGUGGGGCCCAAGCCCCCGGGAAGAUGGUGUCCUGGAUGAUCUCCAGAGCCGUAGUGCUGGUGUUUGGGAUGCUUUAUCCUGCAUAUUAUUCAUACAAAACUGUGAAAACAAAAAACGUGAAAGAAUACGUUCGAUGGAUGAUGUACUGGAUUGUUUUUGCUCUCUAUACUGUCAUUGAAACAAUAGCAGAUCAAACAGUUGCUUGGUUUCCUCUGUACUAUGAGCUGAAGAUUGCUUUUGUCAUAUGGCUGCUCUGUCCCUAUACCAAAGGAGCCAGUUUAAUUUAUAGAAAAUUCCUUCAUCCACUUCUUUCUUCAAAGGAAAGGGAGAUUGAUGAAUACAUUGUACAAGCAAAGGAACGAGGCUAUGAGACCGUGGUAAACUUUGGACGGCAAGGUUUAAACUUAGCAGCCACUGCUGCUGUCACUGCAGCAGUGAAGAGCCAAGGAGCAAUCACUGAGCGCUUAAGAAGUUUCAGUAUGCAUGAUUUAACAGCCAUCCAAGGUGAUGAGCCAGUGGGACAAAGACCACAUCAGCCUCUACCAGAAGGAAAAAGGAAAAGUAAACCAGCCCCUGGUGAAUCAGCAGGUUAUGGAAUUGCACUGAAAGAUGGAGAUGAGAAAACAGAUGAAGAAGCGGAUGGGCCAUUUUCAGAUGACGAGAUGGUGACACACAAAGGGCUUCGAAGGUCGCAAAGCAUGAAAUCUGUGAAAACCAUCAAAGGCCGCAAAGAGGUGCGGUAUGGGUCAUUAAAAUAUAAAGUGAAGAAGAGACCACAAGUGUACUUUUAGUCAUCUACACUUCACAAAUCCCAAGACAAAUUUUGUGACUACAUUGACUUCAUUUUCUGACAUGAUAUAUUUGGGAUUUACACAUUAAAAUAAUUCUUUAAAUUAUGGCAGUGAUAGGAUCUACUUUCAUGAAUUUAAAUCAUUUUUAUUUCUUUACCAAUUUCUUCUAAAUAUUGACUGUGAAAGGUAGUUAUGCAAGGUAUGUUAAUAUAUAUAUCAGAUCAUGGUAUCUGUUUUCAAAUUCAUCGAUAACAUUGAGUGCCUGAGAAAUAAGAUGAAACUCAAACCCACAGUAUACUUGAAAAGAGUGUUUUUAUGGUUCAGGAUAAAUCAGUCUUUGUGGUGUUGUAUUUACCUCCAUUUAUGUCAUAGCUAUCACAUGAGGAGAGUAAUUAAAUAGGCCUCUGAUCCGGCAGUGAUAUAACAAGGACAUAAUGAAGAGAACAAAGUUUGUUUUACAUAUGCUUUAAGUUUUUACUUUUAGAAUACUUUCCAGUUUUUCCACCAUCAACUGAAAGUUUUUGAAACAAAUAUUUGAAAAGCAGGUAUCCACAUAGCACUUUUAUUCCUGACUAGUUUUGCACACUUGAAAAUUGUUUACUUAUUUUACAACUGUAUAUUUAAGUUUUACUGACACUACAUUGUUGUUUGUCAUUUUCUGACAUGUCAAAUUUAUGCUUUGAAUUAUAUCAUCUCUUUUCCUGUGGGUUUCAUUUAUUAAAUUCCUUGGAUUUUAGUAAUAUAAAAAUAUAGCUAAUUGGACAGUUUUUAACUAGUUUUAAUUAUCUUAACAAAAAAGAAGUUAUUUUAAGCAUUAACCAGUUUUCCAGAUUUAGCUGUGUAAAGUAGUUGAAGUUAGCCUGUUUUUGUCAACACUGGUUACAUUUUCAGCCAUUAGCUUUUAUGAAAUACAUGUCAGAGACCAAUGUAGCACUUAGGUCCCUUCUAAUUCAUAAAAUUAUUCAACAGUCAAUCCAUUCACAAGCUUGGCUUUGACAUGUGCUGCUGAUUUAUAAAUCUGGCAUUGACUAAGAUCAUUUGAAUCUCUUCUGGCUGAGAUAGUUUCCUGGUCCUAUGCAAAAUACAGACAUCAUUAAUCCUACAUAUAAGAAGCUAUUAGAAAAAUAUCAUUUUUUUAAUCAAAAAGAUUUUGAAUUACUGAACUCUGAGACUGUUUUAGCUUUCACUGAUAACUAUGCAUUAUGAACCCUAAGUCAAUAUAUUUUUGGUGAUGGCUUUAGUGAUCAGUAAUCAAAUUUGUACUUAUUAUGUUUGUUCUGAUCAUUUACUUGACUGCUCUACUUUUUUCUCCAAAAGAAAAAACAGUGAGAGAGA